UUUCAGAUGGGAACUGACCAACUCACAUCUCCGAAGCGGGAGAUCGAGGCCGUAUUUGUCGAAGAAGCAGCUCCGUUUCUGCACAAGUGUGAGCUGCCCGACAGCCCCGAUACCGCGCGGGAUCCCCUGAGCAUCGAGGAAGAGGGUGGUGCACUUGGUAAUGAUCCUCUUCCCAUUUGUGAUCUGCAGAGAAUUAAGAAAGAGGUUCUUGAAGAAGAUCCAGUAGCAGUCUCAGGGUUCGGUCUCCUUAUUAAACAGGACCCAGACUUAUAUUUAGGAGUGGAUGCAACUGAGAAUAAAGUCUACUCAAAUUUCUGAUAGGAACAACAGUGCUUCAUUCGAAGAAAGUUAUCUACAAAAUAUUGCCCGUGACGAGCUGGCGACGGAAGUCGACACACUUCAUCACUUGCCGUGUUCCGACACAAAGAAUUGUCUCGCCAGAGGAUAAUUCCUUCUGCAGUACAGAUUGUAUGAGCGUGAUGGACAGUAGCUUUUCUGUCUCCAGCUGCAGUUCGUGCCUACAGAGCUUUUCACCAAAUACAGCCUCCUAAUGGAUGUACUCACUCACAUUGAUAAGGUAGAGUUACUGUUACUCGUCUGUACCUACUGUGUGAAGUUUUUCUCACUGCACUCGAGGAUGUAAAAUACAAGACAGGACAUCAUUGCAAUAUUUGUAAUGGUGUGGUUUAUUGUGUGUGGUGAAUCUACCAUUCAUUGCAACAAUAAGCAAAUAUAUUUAUAUUGUCGAAUUCUAGUUUUGUAUCAAGUGUUUGAUUUUGUUAUCUUUGUUUUGUGGGCAAUAAUAUGAUGAUAUUAGAAUAAUGGUUACCACGAAUGCUUGAGCUCUUAACCCCUAGCUUGCGUGUGCGUGCGCGCGCAUAGAGGGUGAAUUGAAUUAAACUGGAACAUUUAUUCGAGAAAAACACUGUACUGUCCAAAUUAAGUCCCAGGACAUCUCCUGGGUGCUUUCGGUAAAUAAAAUAUGUUUCUUGUAUUACAUGAAGUAUAAUAAUAAUUCUUUCUUUCUCAACUCAUCUGGUAAGUCUCACCUGACACACUGUUCUGGGUGACUUUUUCGGAAAUGUGUCCCUUUUUUUAGACUUCCCGUGUCCUUUCUCGUCACCCUUCUUCUUUCCCUUUCAGUCCUUCUGCCUGAAGGAGGAGUUACUGGCUCUGAAAGCUUGCUUAAUUAUAACCUUCUUAUUUGUGUGUUUUCUGCUGCCACGCGGUGAGUAGAUUUUUCGUCUAUUUGAUUACAUUAUAUUGUCAAAAAUUGUUUUCAUUGUUAAACAAAUGAGUACUAAUUCGUGCUAUAAGCUCCUCACAUAUUUGAAUUUCGUCUGGUCAAAUAACCUGUUUUUCUUGCAUAAAUUAUGUAAUUGGUUUACAUUUCCUCAACAACAUUAUGAUGAGUUGUAUUGAAGAUAUGCAGAGACCACAUUUAGUUAAGUUCACCCUUAUUUGGUGCUGCAUGUGCAUCCAAAACAGUGAAAUAAAUUGAUUGAUACUUAAACAAGUACGGAAAAAAAUAGUGUUAGGUUUAUGUUUUCUUUUUUUAAAAUUAAAUUCGUUGUAACUGUUAUCGACAUUGAAUGUUUCGAAGGUAUCUUUGAAACUAAUCUUGUUAUUGCUCACUUUAAGCUGUAAACGUUACUUGUAAAGUACUUCAGUACAAACAGUUUCAUUUUGCAAAAGAUUUUGCACUAAUAGGACUGAUUUUUGUAAUUUUCUUCUUUAUGUAGAAUGAGUAAAUUGGUUGAUACAUUAUUAUGGAUAUUAUGGGCAUUACUUGAGUAAAAUUAAGGUUUUAUACAAAGUGAUUCUUAUACAAUCAGUAAAUUUCUGACAGCUCAUGACACACAACCUUCCUCGGCCCUGUCCCAAAUCCUGACACAUACUCACAAGAAAGCCGAAGACUUCCCAGCACCAGCCAAAAGUUCUGAAGAUGGCUUGUACAUAAGCCGAAACUGGUUAAUAAAGAA